AGCUGUGAGGGAAUUUACCACCGAUGCAUUCGGCAUAGGGGCAGCACCGAGUUAACAGGCCUAGCGUAGAGAACCCGAAGUGAAUCGUCGAAAAGUUGUGGAGUUUGGGUCCAUAUUAGUGGUGAUUUUUACCCGUUUUCACCCAUAUUUCGAUAUCCAAUCUCCACUGGGUUGUAGGUCCUGUUCGUCUGCUGUACCCCGUCGUGUCAAGUCAUCCAAAAUCACCAAUUUCCCCCUUCCUUUUUGCCUUUUUGAAGUUGAAGAACAUCACAUCAAACUCGAUCGAAUCUCGAAAAGUAACUUCGGCUCUCACCGCAAACCGAACUUGUGGGACGAUCAUGGAUAACUUGUUCUGUUUCGAACAAGAAUAUUUUGACCAUGCCAAAUCACCAAUGUCAUACGUGGACCAAGUCUUAUUGCGAGAUAAAAAUUUGGACAACUUAUUAGCAGUAGAAGAACAAUAUGUGUUGUCGGCGGACUAUUUUGGUAACCACUUCCAACGAGAGCUGAGACCGUCGAUGAGAAAACUGGUGGUGGACUGGAUGUUUGAAGUUUGUGAAGAACAACAAAGAGAAGAGGAUGUGUUUCCACUUUCAGUCAAUUAUCUGGACAGGUUCCUCUCUAUGGAGAGAAUAUCACGGGACAGGUUCCAACUCUUAGGCGCCACCUGUAUGUUUCUUGCGUCAAAACUCCUCGAAACCAUUCCCCUUACGUCAGAGAAACUAAUCAUCUACACAGACAAUAGCAUCACAUUGGAGCAACUUCUCAAAUUUGAACAGCUAGUAUUAACCAAGUUAAAAUGGGAUCUAAUGGCAAUCACCCCAAAUGCAUUUCUUGAGCACAUACUCCACCGGCUACCCGUCGACAAGGAGCAGGCAACGUUGCUAAGGAAACAUGCCCAAACCUUUAUCGUGCUGUGCGCGACAGAUUAUAAUUUUGCAAUGCAACCCCCUUCGUUAAUCGCUGCCAGUGGUGUAGCAGCGGCAGCUAACGGACUUAGAAUGCAAAUCCCUAAACUAAUGGAUCUCCUUCAUAGAAUAACAAAAAUUGAAACCGAACACCUUAACAUGGUACGAGAUCUAAUGGAAAACCUGCUAAGUAAGAAUCUAGGAACAAGCACUUCUACCAAGUCCGCAGAACAUCCCUCGGUCUCAAAGACAAGAACCAUGAGCGAGGGCGACAAACCAAGCACACCAACUGGCGUAGACGAGGUCGAGAUCAUCUGUUGACAGAAGAACUUACCUUGCGUCCAUUGAGACAGUUUGCUGAAUAUAAAACGAAAAGCGUGUAGCAUCCGUGAUGAAACGCUGAUGCUGAUGUUACGUUCGAGGUUACCGUUCGUUCGUUAAACGGAGAGCGGGUAAUGCGUAAUGCUCGGACACAACGAAAAAGUGCAAAGUUAUGGUUGCUGUGAUGCUGGCUGUUGUUUCCGCCAGCGACGGAGUCGCGGAGAAUCAACUAGUCGCACCAACAAAAAAAAUAAAUAAAAAUGGAAACGGGUACCAGAGAAUGUUGUAGAGUGUGCAGUGUCUUAUCUCCGUUCUUUGGAAGAUAGAAACGGAUAAAUGCCAUCGUAGUUCUACCUCAAAGACUGCUAGAUGACCAGAACCCACAAGUGCCGACUCUCAAUCGCGCCUCGCCUGUUCGAUCAUAUUCCGAUAUCUAGGCAGAACAGCGCCCCCCUGUAAGAUCAUUUCAAGAAGUACAACAGACUGGAAUGGGGUUUGAAGCUCAUUUCGGGAAGCUCAUUUCGGGAAGCACAGCCGAAGCGAAAGGGACCGCUCUUCACAGUGACGUCUUGGGUUUAUCUAUUGGAGAUUAGACACAGAUUGGCCUCUAAUGGAAAGAGGGUAGUUAUGAAACAAGGCAGCUGACUAUACACAUUUUAUUCUGUAACUACUCUCUUACAAAUUCAACAUUUGAAGAAGAAAAAAAAACUUUUUUAUUAUUAUUAUUAACAGUAUCUGCAAUAAACAUUUGUGCCUUCUAAGACACCAUCAACAGGCCAAAAUUUUAUGUCUUGGAUAAUCGUUAUCCAAGGUGAAUAUUUCAGUUCUUGAAAUUUGGCUGUCAUCGUAUGUGCCUUAUUUUGUAAUUGAAGUAGAAUUAGACGAAAUGUAGUCAAAUGUACAUCAGACAUGCUCUACGGAUCAGAUUAAUCGUUUACUCAGUUGAAUUUUCUAUGAAACGUGUAUCCGUGGAUAAUUUCGUGACUCGGUAAACGAACAGGCUCGUGGUUGAGAGUACUGUCAGACAUAUUGGGUACUAAAUUUAAAAAAUUUGUCACUCAUCAAUGUUAAUAUGUUGCAAAAUGGCAACAUGUAGUCCGAUAGCCCUUAUAUUGGCUCUAAAAGAUCGUGGUAGUUUAAGUGCCUAAUAUUAAUAACUAGCAAUAUAUGACUGGUUCAUGAUGAAUAUGUUGCUGUUAUCUCGCGAUCAAAUGCCACAAAUAUAUUAUUUUUCGCAAGGUAACGAUAGGUUAUUUAAAUUGUUCUUCUUAAUAGAAAAAAAGAGCUGAAUUCACUUAUUGUUUAUCCUCUUUAAAUUAUAAUUUUGUUUAUCGCUUUAUCCAUUUUCCUGUUUCAUUUGUGUGCGUGUGUGGAGAAUGCUUGUGUUUGAUGGGCCGAUUGUGAAGACUUACUUUUAAGUUGAUUGCAAGUAUGUAGUUAAAAAUGCAGCUCUUUUGGAGUGUCAAUACUUUUUUUUCAUUUAUUGAAUUUUUUCUCAUUUCUGCAUUUUGCAUGACAGAGAUCUCAAAAGACAAUGUAAAAAUAUGUAGUUCAUGUGCCAUAAAAUUAUGAACAGAUAAAGACAGUUAAGAAGUUUGUUCAUGAAGUGCCUUGAUGUAUUUUAAUUUUUUACCAAAGGAAGUUAGGGGGCUAUAGAAUCAAUGAAAUUGCAUUUCCAUGUACUGAUCUUGAAAGAAUUCGUGAUUUUUUAUGUCGCUGGCCCGAAAUAUUUUUCAAUCAUUCCGAGAUAUGAGAAUUCCAGAAUUUUUACCCAGAAUUCCAAGUUCAAAUGAAAUUAAUACCAUUCCGAUUGAUCAUUCCAAAAAAAGUGAAGAAAAAAUAAUCGCGACAAGGAUGUAUAUGUGGCUAGCUGGAUGGAGGAAAUGUGUUAGAUUUUAUUAUGUACAGGCAUUAAAAUGUCAAAAUUUAAACCUUUUUGAUCAUUAAGUUCAAAUUUUAAGGAAUGUUGGGUGUUUUUUAUAUACACUAUUUCAAAUAAUGUUGUCAAAAUGUUACUGUUUUUGCUUCUGAUUAGGUAUAGAAGUAACGAUUUUGUCUUUGCAAUUAUGAUGUUAUGAAAAUAUUAAUUGAUGUUUACAGAGCUUGCCCACAUAUUUUCACGUUCAUGAUGAUACGAAAUUGCGAAUUAGAUGAGUGUUUUGAAGUAGGACUCUUAAGGAAAAAAAUCCUACUCAGAGUGUCUGAAUUAUGUUCCGCUAUAGAUUGUAUUAUAUCUGCCUCUCAUGCCAGAAUCAAUUUGGAAACUCAUUCUGUUCUUAAACAGUACUUCCAAUCAUAGAUAUGUACAAUCAUACGUUCCUUCCAUUUUUUAAAACUUGACCAUUUAUAUAGAAAAAAACGAAAAAAAUAGUACUAGUUGAUUAAAAAAAAAGUUAUGUGGUGUUUUUUGCAAGAAUAUUAUCCAUUUUGGUGUGUUAACCUUGUAAGUUUUUUCUACAUUUAUAUAACUCAAUUGGAAUACAAUUUUUUAAUUGAUUUGUACGAUAAAGUUCUUCCAUUACUCUCUUUUUAAGCUAGAAGGAAGAGAAGUUAGAGUUAGUGACUGAAUUUUGAGACUAGAUGGGAAAUUGCGGAACAUGUUUGAUUGCAUUUGUUAAACUGAGUAUAAAGUUAUAUGAAAGAGUGAGUGAGUGAAACAAUCAAAGAAAUUAUAGUGAGUUUGCUGUGCCCUUUAUCAAUAAAAAUAUAUUAUUCCCCCCUUAAGAAGUGUUAAAUCUACGGCAUUAAUGAUGUGAGUUUUAGUUUUGUUUUCUGUUUUUUUCUUCUUGUGAAAUGUUCCUUUUGUGUCUCAUUGUCUUCAUGUGUGUCUUGUUCCCUCCCUCUUUUUUUUUAUAAUAUAUUCCAACUUUUUCUGGACUUUGGAAAUUUUGUGAGGGGUUGUCGAACGAAACAGUAAGAAACAGAUUAUAUCGCAGACAAAAAGGAGUACUUAAAUACAUGAUAUAUAUUAUAUUGUGCACUAAAAAUGCAAAUCUUUGUUAUCAGUAUAAUGUUUAAUUUAAGCCAUGUUUAUGACGAUCUGUCUGUACGAAGUAUAUGUUACAUUGUAAGCCCUUUUAAUUAGUGUUAAUUGAAAAUGUUGAAUUAUUAAUGUUAAAUCCUUACAAAUGUGUUGAUAAAUUCAUUGACAUUUUUUUCUCAAUUAGAACUCCAUGUUAUGUUUUGGAGGCAAUUAUCGCAAAUUUUUAUCAGAUGUAUGCAGUAUUCUCUGCGUUGUUUACAUCGGUUUAUAUAGAGCUUUAAUGAUAUUAUACCUUGAGAUAUGUUGUACCCGAGAUAGCAAUGAACACCCGUUUUCAGCUUAUCACAAAAUUUUCCAUAAUCAACUUAUUUAAAACUUUUCUCUACUUCUUGUGUAACUUUGUGCACAUUCUUCGUGUAUUCUUCUCCAUCUUAUUAUCAAUUGAACAGCGCUUCUUUUUUUUCAGUCCGUGUUUUCUUAUAACAUUUCUUACCCAUUUUCGAUGCUUAAAGUUGAAGUGCAGUUUACAUAUGGGUGAUAUUCAAUAAAAAUUUAUACCUUUUGAUAGCAUCUAAACGUAUUGCGAUCUAAAACACGUCAAGCUGAAUUUCAUUGGGAUUCGGGAGUUAUUAUUGUUACAUAUUUUUCAGGUGUUUUCUUCAGUAUCCCUGUGAAGUUUAGCUUUUUGUGUUUUGGAUGCGUAGUUGCUAUAGUGUGGAGAGCUGUGAUAUAUUAAUAAUUUGUAUUAUUUGUGAGAGUCCUUCUGAGUGAAACUGAAAAAUAAAAACAGAGUAAACCAGAA